AUGGGGAGCGCCCGGCCCAUCCUCUGCCUCCAGCUGUGGCUAUGGGUGCAGACCUCUGCCCAGGAGCUCGACCCUGGCGGCAGGAACGUCUGCAGGCUCCCCGCCGGCCCGGCGUGCUGCCCCGGCUGGAAGCAGGAAGGGCGGGAGUGCACGGCGGCGCUGUGUGAGGGGGAGGACGCCUGCGGGGCGGACGAGGUGUGCGUGAGACCUGGGGUUUGCCUCUGCAAACCCGGCUUCUUCGGAGCAGACUGCAGUUCCCGCUGCCCCGAGCAGUACUGGGGCCCCGACUGCAAGCGGAGCUGCCCGUGCCACCCCAACGGGCGCUGCGACCCGGCGAGCGGGCGCUGCACCUGCGACCCCAACCACUGGGGAGGGCUCUGCCAGUUCCCUUGCCAGUGUGGCCCCCACGGCCACUGCGACCCCCUCACCGGCCCCUGCCGUUGCGAGCCGGGCUGGUGGGCGCCCACCUGCAAGAAGCAAUGCCAGUGCAACCCCGCCAGUUCCCACUGCGACCCGCUCACUGGCCACUGCCGCUGCCUGCCGGGCUGGUGGGGCAGGAGGUGCAGCUUCAAAUGCUCCUGCAACCUCUCGCCCUGUGCCCAGGAGACGGGCAAGUGCGAAUGCAAGGCUGGGUUUUGGGGGCCGGCAUGCCAGCGGCGCUGCGACUGCCUGCACGGCUCCUGCAGCCCCCUCAGCGGGCACUGCAGCUGCAGCCCCGGCUACCAGGGCAGGAGGGGGCAGCGGGGGGGUCCUGCGGGUACCCAGGGGCUGCAGACCUCACCGCCCCUCUGCCCGUGCAGCUGUGGGAGCUGCAAGCGCAGCCAGCCCUGCUCGCCCGUGGACGGCUUCUGCCUGGCCUGCCAGCCCGGCUGGAACGGGACCCUCUGCAAGGAGCCCUGCGCACCCGGCUUCCACGGCGAGGGCUGCCUCCAGCCGUGCCCCCGCUGCCGGCGCGGGGACAUCUGCGACCCAGAGACCGGGUCCUGCCCGCGCUGUGAGCCCGGCUGGAUGGGACCCAGCUGCAACAGCUCCUGCCCCGCGGGCACCUUCGGCGACGGAUGCCAGCUCCUCUGCCCCGAGUGCGUUGCGGGGAGCUGCGACCCCGUGUCAGGAGCUUGCAUCUGCCAGGCAGGCUACUGGGGAGCCAGCUGCAACGACACCUGCCCAGAGGGGUAUUUUGGCGUGAACUGUUCCUCGCCCUGCCAGUGCUCCCGGGGGACCUGCCACCCCGCGCGGGGUGACUGCAUGUUGAGUUUUAAGGACCACGGGGCCCUGGCAGCCGCCAUCCUUGUCCCUCUCCUGCUGCUGCUGCUCUGCGUCGCCUGCUGUUGCUGCGGAGCCGGCCCAGCAGAUGCUAGAGACAGGUAUUUGUUAUAUUUUGCACCUUCAAUGCAAAACCCUGUCUUCUGCACCCCUUCACACCCCCCUCCCCUGCGCAGGGCGGCCGUGCCGGACGAUGACGUGGUGGCCCGGAUGAAGCACCAUGUGCGGGGGGUGCUGGCAAACCUCAGCGCUAUGAUGCCUUGCUUUUCCCUGGGCGGCUACAAACUUCCCAAAGUCACAGGUAAAAAAAGCAGAGCUGCCGACAGCCCUUCCAGGGUGUCACCGCCACCCUGUGCUCUUUGCAUUGCACCCCGGGGUGCCCGAGCUCAGCUGGGUGUCUUCUCCUCCCCAGUUUCCCACCACGACACGGAAAUCCCCUUCAAUCCCAGCUUCAUCGAGCCGCCGUCGGCCGCGUGGGUUUCAGACAGCUCCUUCUCCUCCUUCGACACCGACAACGAGGGACCCGAGUACUCCGUCCCUCCCAGAGAAGGCGUCCCGCUGCUGGGGGGGGCCGAGCUGCAGGACGGGGUGUCCCCCCUCGGCGAGGCGCUCCCGGACCCAUCUGCCUUCGACUCCGAGGACGUCUCGCAGCCCUUUGCCAUCCCCCGCACCUCCAGCAUCGCCAAGGCCAAGCGGCCCUCUGUGUCCUUUGCUGAGGGGACAAAAUUUGGGGCGGCGGAGACCCCCAGCCCCGGGCGGAAGCCCAAGACCCCGUGGGGCCCAUCCAAGCUGUCCCCACCGCUGGGGGACGUGGCAGCUGAGCCCCCCCCUGCACGACCAGCCAGCGAUUGCUACGAGAGCCCCGAGCCCUUUGGCAAGGGGGAGGAAAGCCACCGGCCAUCGCCCCGGGCCACCCCGGGGGGACGCCGGCGGGUGGUCUCUGGCACCAGGCACGUGGCUCAGAGAGUGGAGGCACUUGAAGCGGCUGCGAAAUCCGGCAGCUGGGAGGCAAAGGGGAAGGAGCCCAACGUCACCACCAUCUACAUGAUGGUGGGAACUACUGGGCAGGACCCCAAGACGGAGGGCGGUGGCGAGGGACCGGUCCAGGCUGUGCUCAAGCGGCUGGGCAGCCUGCAGAGGGGCAAGUGGGCUUCAAAGGAGGAGCCCAGGGUGAGGAGGAGCGUUGAGGCCAUCCAGAAACCGCCCCGCCGGGCUCUGGCACAGUGCAGAGACUCGGUGAGUAGCUGCAAGCAGAGGGAGAGUGUCCCAGGGGCUCCCACUGAGCCGUCCCCUGGCAAGCACCAGCAUCUCCCUGGGAAGAGACACUCCUUCCUUCUCGCAUCUCCCUCGCCAAAAAGCACUGGGGCCCAGGAUGGGGCCAGCGAUGCCGUAGGUGCCACGGAGAGGGGCAAAAGCCCUGAGUUAGUCCUCAGCCUCGAAACAGAGGGACAGGCUGUCCCAGAGGAAGAGCCGAAAUAUGAAAACGUGAUCAGCGGCAGUGCCGAUUCGCCCCCCGGCCCCGCCAAGGAGCCGCCGGCUGCCCCUGCGGCCACCUGA